AUGGAGCGGUGGACGGAAUCUCCUCAGGACAGUGCAAUCACCAGAGACAUUAACAGGACAUUCCCCGCUCAUGACUAUUUCAAAGACACUGGAGGAGACGGGCAAGACUCGCUCUAUAAGAUCUGCAAGGCUUAUUCUGUUUAUGAUCAGGAGAUUGGCUACUGCCAGGGACAAUCCUUCCUGGCUGCAGUGCUGCUGUUGCACAUGCCAGAGGAGCAAGCUUUCAGUGUUCUGGUGAAGAUCAUGUUUGAUUACGGGCUCAGGGACCUGUUCAAACAGAACUUUGAAGAUCUGCACUGCAAGUUCUUCCAGCUUGAAAGACUCAUGCAGGAGUACAUACCGGAUCUGUACAACCAUUUCCUGAAUGUGGGUCUGGAGGCUCAUAUGUACGCUUCCCAGUGGUUCCUAACUCUCUUCACAGCCAAGUUUCCUCUUUACAUGGUCUUCCAUAUAAUCGACCUGCUACUGUGUGAGGGUAUUAGUGUGAUCUUCAAUGUAGCCCUGGCCCUUUUGAAGACUUCAAAAGACGAUCUACUGCAGACAGACUUCGAGGGCGCGCUCAAAUUCUUUCGCGUCCCCGUCCCGAAAAGGUACCGCUCCGAAGAAAAUGCCAAGAAACUGAUGGAGCUGGCUUGUAGCAUGAAGAUAAGUCAGAAGAAGCUGAAGAAAUUUGAGAAGGAGUACCACACCAUACGGGAGCAGCAGGAGCAACAAGAAGCCCCCAUUGAGAGAUAUGAGCGGGAGAAUCGGCGUUUGCAAGAGGCCAACAUGCGUUUGGAGCAGGAGAACGACGACUUGGCACAUGAACUAGUGAGCAGCAAGAUAGCUCUUCGGAAAGAUCUGGACAAUGCUGAAGAAAAGGCAGAUGCCCUGAAUAAAGAGUUGCUGCUGACCAAACAGAAGCUGAUUGAAUCUGAAGAUGAGAAGAGACGGCUGGAGGAAGAGUCUGCACAGCUGAAAGAAAUGUGCCGAAGGGAGCUUGAUAAGUCGGAGUCGGAGAUAAAGAAGAACGGUUCCAUUAUUGGAGAAUAUAAACAGAUCUGCUCUCAGCUCAGCGAACGACUGGAGAAACAACAGACGGCCACUCGAGGAGAACUGGAGAAAAUCAGAUCCAAGGUUGAAGGCUGUGAGAAGUGCAGCAGUCUGUUCAACAAAGAGGGUCGUGUGCGGGCUGCGGUAACCACGGCGCCCGCCGACGGGACGGAGGAGACAGAUGAGGAGAAGGAGGGUCUGAAGAACCAGCUGAGGGAGAUGGAGCUGGAGCUGGCCCAGACCAAGCUGCAGCUGGUGGAGGCCGAGUGUAAAAUCCAGGACCUGGAGCACCAUCUGGGUCUGGCUCUCAACGAGGUUCAGGCGGCCAAAAAGACCUGGUUCAACCGAACGCUCAGCUCCAUCAAGACGGUCACCGGCACCCAGGGCAAAGAGACCACUUAACCCAACAACCCGCCAUCCGUCCCGUUUUAACAAGACCGCGUCUGAAGCUCGGUGCGACUCGUCCCGCUACCUUCAGACCCCCCCCUCCAGUCCCCAAGAAUGUAACGCACACGGCCACAUAACGUUAACAUUAACCGUUAAAAAAAGCAGAGGAUCUCCUCCGUGACUGACUGUGUUACUUGUUUCCUCAUAUCAAAGAUGUUCUUUUUAUUUCCUGAAGUAACUCUCCCAAUCGAAACCUUUUAACAUCCAUGCGAGCAGUGCAGCGAUAACCACCUCCCCCCCCCCCCCCAGACAGAGACCACGCGCUUCCACCAGUCACAGGAGGAGAGAUGCUUCAUUGAGGAUUGUCUGCGUACUGCUGAAAUGGAAAAACUCCACAGUGGGGGAAGCAAUGACAUCAGGACUGUAUCUUAUCUCCCUUUCUUCUAAACUACUGGCACAAAAACAUCAAGUCCCUGGAUAUUUUCUUUUUUUCUUUUUUUUUGUUUUGUUUUGGUUUGUUUUAGGUACGAGCGCUUAUAGACGCCCUUCCAGGACUGAGCUUUUGUUCUAAUUUUCAUCGAACAGUUCUUUCUGUUGGCGUAUGUGCUAAUGUGGCGUCUGACUGUAAUGUGUAUUUGUUUAUGACUGUGAGACUAGGGAGAAAAAAAAGGUUUGAAAGCAUGAAUAAUUAGCGUGUCUGUGUGUGAGAACUGUUUGAGUGUUUGUGGAAGGACAGCGGAAAGAAAAGCACUAAAGUUAUGAGUGUGUGCAUGCAUGUCAGGUUGUCUUGUGUCCUUUCAUGUUCAAAUGUGUACAGAAAAACUGGUGAAGAGAAGUUUGCUGACAAGGCCUUGAUCUGAAGGUUGAUAACAGAGGUGGGUAUAAAUAUGUAAUUUAUGGAAACUAAAAGGAGUUGUGAGAAGCGACUGCAGCUUGAAUCUCCUCGAAUUAAAAUACACACUUAUGGUUUGUUUUGGUUUGGAGAAACCUUGGGGGGGAAAAAAAAGCUCAAAAUCAAACAAACAAUUUUAUUACUCAAAUGGUUUACUGAAUUUGAGUAAUUAAAAUUCCAAUAGUCAGAGUGGACAAAUUUAUAAUUCCUAUGGCCUUUGAACUCACCAUCAAUCCCAUUUCGAUCUGUCCAACAUGGAAUCAUCAGACGUUUUUGUGUCGGCUGCGAUGGUCCUGUUAAAUGCUUUACAUAGAAGUUAACAGAAUGUUACAUUUGCUGAUUGUUGACAUUCAUUUUUAACAGAUUUUGGGUUGUUAAUGAUGCAUUAGAACCAAGUUUUUUUUUUUUUUUUUUUGGGGACUAAUAACUUCAAAACAAGAAGUGGGUGCACAGUUUUGCAAUAAAUGUUUAACUCAUCCACACACACAGGAUCAAAAUUAUACAUGCAUGCUUAAAUACGUACAUAUAAACACCCCCAAUAAUAGCUUUAAUGUCCCAACACGUUUUUAUAUCGACCAAUAAAAUCUUUGGUGUAAUUCUGAGCAUUUUGCAGCUCUUCUUGGCAAAGCUGAUCUAGUUCUUUAACUUGGUGGGUUUUUCACCUACAAUUUUGGGAAAUAGUCCUACUUCUUCCAGUUCACAAGUUGUAGAAGAGAUUUAGCAUUAAUGCUGCCACUACCACGUUUGACAUUUAAUGGAGAGUUCUUACGUUUAAGAGAAAAAUCUUCCCGUAUCUUUGUCUUGCCUCAAAGAACCUUUUUUUUUUUUUUUCCCCCUCAGCUUUACUGAGCCAAGAAGAUCGGUCAAACAAUCCAGAAUUAUGCUGAAAGGUGGUCGUCUCUCUAUAACAUAAGGGAUAUUCGGAAAAUUAAAUUCAAACUUCUGCACCCAAUUCUUAACGUUACAAGUUUUGUUUGUAGUAUAAUCAUUCCACUCUGGAAAACAAAACAAAAAAAUAAAACAUGUUCAGAUAGAUUCUUAAGGGCCUUAACUAGUAGAAAAGCCUUGCCAAUCCAUGUCGGUAAACUUCUGACCGGCUCCAUAAAUGCCUGUAAUUCAGAGUUAAGAUAUAAACCUACCAGUCGACCCAAUUGUCUUGUUGCAGAUGUCUCAGAUCUGUAAGAGCUGCUGGGUAUGGAUAGAGAAAGCAUCCAAAACUAGCAAAGCAGCAGCAAUACCGAUCGAAUAAAACGCAGGCAAGUAAUUUGGCACCUUUAACAGCUGAGAACUUUUUUUUUUUUUUCUGGUUCAAGCGUCGUAUCACGAUGAGCCUACAAACAGUUGCAACCUAUAUUUUCUAUAUUUCAACAGGAAGAAUAUUAAAAGGAAUCAUUUUUAUUAGCUUCAGUGGAGCAAAAUUCUUCAAAGACAUUCUCAAAUAAAUUUGAGUCUCACAGCGAAUGUUACAAGUUGCUAAAAAAUAUUUAAGCUCUCAAGAUGUUAUUCUGAAACACAGACUGCUGUGAAUGUGAGACACCUGUCAGCAUGCGGAGGUGUAGCCGCAGCGCGAGGGGGAAUCGCACCGCCAGGUGCAGGGCAGCAGAGCCGUGUCAGGAGAGGCCAGAGUUCAGGUCAAAACACUCUAUAUUUGUCCACGGGGCAAAAAGGGGCCAGAGGAAGCCUCUGUGUGUGAGAUUUAAUACUUCGCUGACUUUGGAGCGGAGGCUCAAUGAUAAUCCGGUUUCAAAUCCUGCUGAGACUGAACGUUUUUUCUUAGCCUGACUGGAACGAACCAUUUCUGUAACCUGCAUCUUGACUUGAAAAGUGAAGUCCGAUCAGCUGGAAUCCGGUUGUGAUAUUAGAAGAAGAUGUAGGGGAGCGUCCACCUUAAGGCACUGGGCUGUAAAUAAACAUUAAAAGCAUCACUAUUGAAUUUUUUUUGUUCAUGGUUUUUCUAAUCUAACUAUAACUAAUGUUGCCUACCUGUACUCACCUACCUGCUGCUGUGAUACAGUUGAAUCUACAAAGUUUUUAUUGUAUUUCUGUAUGUUUUUUGUUCUUUUUUUGUAUAUUUUUUCCCCUUUUUUGCUACAAGCUUCUCAGUCGCACUGCUGUUUGGAUAACUAAAUGCCAAAACAUAGCUCCGUCAACCAACAUUAUCAACGUGUGGAAAUUGUAAUAGAGUAGACUGCAUUGUGUAUACUCCAUGAAUUUAAAUAUAAAGAUAUGAACACAAGGAAA